UAUAAAAAAAAAAAAAACCUCGUAAUUCCUCCAUAACUCUCAUUUUCUCUCUCUAUUCGAUCAAAUCCACAAUCUCCAAACGAAAAGCUAGAAAACUUUCAUCUUCUCGAAUUUAUUAUGAUAAAACCCUAAUUUCUCAUUUUCUCAAAUCAUCCAAAUCCAAUUCAAUUAUUAUCAAUUUCGCACGAUCGAAUUUUAGCCCAAAAUAUUUUCCCACUACUGAAACCCUAAUUUUUUUUCCGUUUCCUUUUUUUCUGGUGUUCCUUACAAUCAUUCGUUCGUAACUUUUUUCAGUACAGAUCCGAAAAUUUCUUGAAAAUUUCUUAGGCAUUUAAGUUAGAAUUAGUGGCAUUUUUUUGGACGUCCACUAUUCAUCAUCGAAUUCACAAAAAGUUCGUAUUGUAAAUAUAGAAUUAGGUUUUUUUUCCGUUAAUUUCUUUUGUUUUAGGGUUAGAUAUUUGCCAAUUUUUAGGGUUUUUAGUUCUCCAAGAUGAAUGAUAACGUGAGAGGUCGUUAUCCGCCGGGAAUGGGAAGAGGAAGAGGCGGAAUUGGCGGAGAUGUAGGAGGUUUAGGUGGUGGUGGAAUGAAUGGAAACCCUAAUUUUCAAGGUAGGAAUUUUCAGCAACAACCUUAUGCGCAAAGGGGGAUGUUGCCGAAUCAUCAUCAGCAACAACAACAGUUUGAGCAACAGCAAUAUAUGCAGCGGCAGCACCAGCAGAACAAGCAGAUGCAACAGCAGCAGCAGCAAUGGCUUAGGAGGAAUCAGUCAGGGGGUACAACGGAGUCCAGCGUCGACGAGGUCGAGAAAACGGUGCAGUCCGAAGCAAUUGACACGAGCUCACAAGAUUGGAAGGCAAGGUUGAAGCUACCGCCACAAGACACACGCUAUAGGACAGAGGAUGUGACAGCUACCAAGGGAAACGAAUUUGAAGACUACUUUCUCAAGCGUGAGUUACUGAUGGGUAUAUAUGAGAAGGGUUUUGAAAGGCCAUCUCCUAUUCAGGAAGAAAGUAUUCCAAUUGCGCUUACUGGGAGUGAUAUUCUUGCUAGAGCAAAAAAUGGGACAGGAAAAACUGCUGCCUUCUGCGUUCCUGCUUUGGAAAAAAUUGAUCAAGACAACAAUGUCAUUCAAGUUGUCAUACUUGUUCCUACGAGAGAAUUGGCGCUCCAGACCUCACAGGUUUGUAAAGAGCUUGGGAAGCAUUUGAAAAUUCAAGUUAUGGUCACCACUGGUGGCACCAGUUUGAAAGAUGAUAUCAUGAGAUUGUAUCAGCCAGUCCAUUUACUUGUGGGAACUCCUGGAAGAAUACUAGAUUUGUCAAAGAAAGGAAUUUGUGUUUUGAAAGACUGCUCAAUGCUUAUUAUGGAUGAGGCUGAUAAGCUUUUGUCUCCAGAAUUUCAGCCAUCUAUAGAGCAGCUUAUUCGAUUUAUGCCAACGAAUCGUCAGAUUCUGAUGUUUUCAGCUACAUUUCCUGUCACUGUCAAGGAUUUUAAAGACAGAUAUCUACACAAACCGUAUGUUAUCAACCUGAUGGACGAGCUUACUCUGAAGGGUAUAACACAAUUUUAUGCAUUUGUUGAAGAAAGACAAAAAGUCCACUGCUUGAACACCCUUUUCUCCAAGCUUCAAAUCAACCAGUCAAUUAUUUUCUGUAAUUCAGUGAACCGUGUUGAGUUGCUAGCCAAGAAAAUAACAGAGCUUGGAUAUUCUUGCUUUUACAUUCAUGCGAAGAUGCUGCAAGAUCAUCGCAACAGAGUUUUCCAUGAUUUUCGUAAUGGGGCAUGCCGAAAUCUUGUCUGCACUGAUCUAUUUACUAGGGGAAUAGACAUUCAGGCUGUCAAUGUUGUUAUCAAUUUCGAUUUUCCAAAAAAUGCCGAAACCUACCUUCAUAGGGUUGGUCGAUCAGGGAGGUUUGGGCAUCUUGGUUUAGCUGUGAAUCUGAUCACUUAUGAAGACCGUUUCAAUUUGUAUAAGAUUGAGCAAGAACUUGGGACUGAAAUAAAGCAGAUUCCUCCACAUAUAGAUCAAGCUUAUUACUGUCACUAAGUAAUGGAGUUUAUAUGUUGCUGUGCUCUAUCAGUUAACAGUUGCUGAUCAUGCAGGUAUGGCAGGAGCAAAGACUUUAUUUGCCCAGCUCACUCAGCAUCAGGAUUGUGAUUACCUUUAGACCUUGGGUGACGUCUAGGUGUUCUGUUAUCAAGUUAGUGCCUUGUGCAGAACUUCAUGGGAUGUUCCCUGGUACUUCUAGAUAGUAUUGUGUAGGGUGGAGAUAAUUUCAGGAUAAUUGUUUUAUGAGAUUUAGUUUAGAGUGUUGAUCUGAAGUUGGGUGCUUGCAUUUACUGGCUAGAAGGAUGAUCCAUACUUCCAUCCAUCAAAUCGAUAUGACUUCCAUCAAUAACCUGUUAGCUUGUUUUAUAUCCCUUUGUUGCAUUUGCCCAUUGAGGUAGUUGAAUUUCUGGAUUUUGCUGAGAAUAAAGUACUCCAUAUACUUUUGUUUGGAGUUUUUAGUU